CUCCCCAAUUACUACUUCCCUUCAAUUCACUUGACUCUAUAAAUAGAAAAUGUCCUUCACUUGUAACCCUAACUCUCUCUAAUCUUCCCCUUUUGCCUAAAAAAUGGGUGUGAUGAUUGAAUAUGUAUUGAGCUGGUUUACGCCCACUGUUCUCUUCUGCGUGUUGAAUCUCGCCAUUGCUACUCUUCUCAUUACUUCCACCUUCAGAAAUACUAGUAAUGACAAGAAACAAGAGGCCAGUGAAGAUCAACUCCCUACAACUCCAUCUCUGCUACAGCGUGUGAGUCCCUCUUUGCUUCAGCGAGUCCGUUCUAUCAAUUUCUCUUUCUCUUCCCAAAAACCCACCCCACCAUUUCCAUCUCUCGAUGAACAACAAGUAGAAGAUUUGAAAUGUCACGUGACAAGAAGCAAAUCUGUCACGUGCGCUGAGGAGGAGAAAAAAGUAGGGAAUCAUCAUCGUCGUGGUGGUGGUGGAGGGAGGAAGUUGUUUAGGGAUGAGGAAGAAGAUGCAGUUGAUAAGAAAGCAGAUGAUUUUAUAAACAAGUUUCGGGAGGAAUUGAAGAUGCAAAGACUUCAAUCUAUGGAAAUGUUGAAUAGAGGAGUCUCCAUUUAAGACAUAUAUGAUAAUCAUUUCUUUUCUCUCUAAUUCAAAACUCAAAACAUGUCUGUCUCUUUAUUUAAUUGUAUUCUUUUACUAUUUUAAUUACUUAUGAUAAAAGUAAGUGGCAAUUUUUAUGUUUA